UGGUUAGUCAGUUCAAAUUUUAAGUUGUAACGUCGUUUCGUUAAAAACCUAAAAGUCUAUUCCUCGUUCUUUGUUUAAUAAUUGACUUGAUAUUUUCCCGUAAACCUUAAACUUAGUCGUUUGUAUUUAUCUAAAAUGGUAAGAAGGAAGACAGAUUCUCUCAUAUUAGAGAAUAAAAAGUUGGUACAAGUGGCAGCCAAAAAGAAACUGUUCAUGGAAAAGAGCCCAAAAACAAAUUCUACAUUGACAUCUCUGGAUACGACUGGUGUUUCAGUCGACUCUCUAGGAGGAAGUGUAAAAAAGAAAUUGCCUCCAAAAUCCAGAAAAAGUAUUGGCAAAAAAUCCACAAAGGUCUCAAAAAAUGGCUCGGUCAAUAAAUCCAAAUCUAUGGUCGCAGAAAAGAGAAAAUUCAGACCUGGCACUCGAGCAUUAAUGGAAAUCAGAGCGCUUCAAAAGUCAACGAAGCUGUUAAUCCCUAAACUGCCAUUCAUGCGGCUAGUAAAGGAAAUCAUCAUGGAGAUGAACCCUUAUGGUAGUGAACCGUUGAGGAUUCAGACGUUGGCACUAGAAGCUCUGCAGGAGUUUGCCGAGCUGUACAUGACUCAGUUCUUCGAAGAUUCGAUGUUGUGCGCGAUCCACGCGCGACGCGUCACACUAAUGGCCAAGGACAUGCAACUUGCGCGGCGAAUUCGCGGCCGUGACGAUCCUAUAAAUAUUUAGACACGACAAUCCUUGUUAAGUUUGUUCCUAUGACACUAUUAGUUGUUGUUUACAUCAUACAACCAUGUAACCUUACUGUAAUUGCUCUCUAAGUUAUAUAAUGUAUUUUAUAACUUUUUUACAUACUUUGAUACUAUUGUAUUAUUUUCCAAUAAAAUGUU